AUGGAUUUCUCAAAGACUGACUCAAAGAAGGAUCGUGCUGUUGGUAACGUCAAGGACACUGUUGGUGGUGCUGUCGGAAACGAAUCACUUCAAUCCGAAGGUAAGGCUCAAAACGCCUCUGGUCAAGCUCAAGGUGCUCUUGCCACUGCCCAAGGUUACGUUCAAGGUGCUGCUGACCAAGUUUCUGGUGCUGCCAAGGGUGCUGUAAACUCCCUCACUGGUAACAACUCUGGUGAAGCCGGUAACAAGCUGCAAGAAAAGAAGGGUGAGGCCCAAAAGAACUUCAACUCUUAA